AGGGAGGAGAGAGGAGGAUGAGGUGUUUUUUUUUCUUUCCCUUGGCCAUCUGACCUAUCAUAGAGCUCACUUUUGGAGGCCUGUAAGGUGAUUUGCAUGAAGAGGAGAGUCAGUUCAAGUCAUCUGUGCUGCGGGGGAACACUUGCUAAUUGCCUGCCUGAUGAAGUAGACUACCUGCAAUGGUGCAAAUUGUAGCGGCGAGAUCCCCCACUGUGCUGUGAAGUCCUGCUGCCAUCCUCUCUUCGUUUCUGUGCCAGGAUUCGCCAUGAGGCCCGAUAGAGACGUCUGCGGGACGCGAUGACAGCUGACAAGGAGAAGAGAAGAGCGACCAGCCGUGAGGCGGCCAGAAAGAGACGGCGAGUGGAGUCCGAUGUGUUUGGAGAUCUGUCUCGCCUUCUGCCGCUCCAAUCCUCCAUCCGAAGUCACCUGGACAAACCCUCCGUCAUCCGCCUCACCCUCAGCUACAUACGUUUGCACACGCUGCUCAAAGGAAAUGCAGAGACCAGGCACAAAGUAAAACAUCAACAAAUAGUGGAAGGUGGGGAAGAACAGAGUGAUGUUAAUGGAGGAUGGCAUGAGGACGUGAAAGAGGAAUUCGAGGCGUCUGAGAUGAACAUGUACCUGAGGAUCCUGGAGGGAUUUCUGAUGGUUUUGUCCACAGAAGGAGACAUGAUCUUCCUGUCUGAUAAUGUUACCAAGUACAUGGGCUUGACGCAGACUGAGUUGAUGGGACACAAUAUUUUUGAGUACACUCACCCCUGUGAUCAUGAAGAAAUCAGACAUAAUCUACGUCUGACAGCAGAGCAAGUCUGGUGCGGUGAGAAGAGGGACUUCGUCAUGAGGAUUAAAAGCGCUCUGACCCACAGAGGAAGAAGCGCCAACCUCAAGUCAGCGACAUGGAAGGUUCUGCACUGUCAGGGCAGAGUGAAGGUGUGCAUGACCCCGUCUUCAGUCGCCUGCCUCCUGCUGACCUGCAGACCUCUGCCGCUCUCACACACACUCCUCAGCACACACACCUUCACCAGCCAGCACAGCAUGGACAUGAGGUUCAUGUACUGCGACCAGAGAGUGACUUCUCUUUUAGGCUACACCCCUGACGAGCUGGUGGGUCGUUCCAUCUACAGUUUCUGUCACACGCUGGACGCAAACUGUCUGAGCAAAAAUCACCUAAACUUGUGCCUGAAGAGUCAGUCGGUCAGCGGUCAGUACCGGAUGCUGGUGAGAGGCGGAGGCUACGUCUGGGUGGAGACUCACAGUGCCGUCAUCCCCAGCGUCAAACCGUCCAGGUCCAGACCAAGCACCCACCAGCCACUCUGCAUCCUCAGUAUCACCUACGUCCUCAGUGGAGUGGAGGAACCAACUCUGCAGCUCUCUUUGGACCAGACUAUGCACAGAUACUUGACCUGAAAUCUGAAGAAAAGUCUGCAAAACCCAAAUCAACAGCAAUCUGCUCUACCUCCUUCUGUCAAUUCGAAUCAAUUAUUUUCACAAAUUCGACUUUUAUUAAACAUAAAUCUUUCUAUUUAAUUCAAAAUGUCAUGCUCUGUGUUUGUGUCACUGCUGUUGUUUGUGUUGUGCAGCUGCAAAUAUCUGAGCCAUAACCACAGAUUCGCUACGAUUUGAUAGUUCAGGUAGAUAAGUUGCUCUCACUUCACAAAGUUUGUGAUGCUAUUUUGCAUAAUCGUUGCAGUAGCACGACUUCAGCCUUUCCUAUAACAAAACUGGAAGCUUUGGGUGCAGACUGUGGUUGACAGACAGUUGACGGGGCGUAGUGAGAGUUGAAAUUUGUUGAUGAAAGCAGGCAGUUUGACUUCUGCUUGACCUCCCUGGGCCUGACCCUGCUUCCUUUGGGGUUUCCUUCUGGGCCACCUGACACAUGGGGUGACAUCUGACUGUCAAGUAUAGACACACACACACACACACACACGCACACGCACACACACACACACACACACACACACACACACACACACACAGGGCAUGCAUAUAGAGAGAUACGCAUUGUGCUGAUGAGGAGAUGUGAGUCGACGCAACUCAAAGCCACAGCUUCCUGAAUAAAGACACCCGAAAGGAAAGUUCUCGUGGGAACUUUGUCAACUUUUUACCUCUCGGCCGCUGAAUGCACGCACGCACACAGUUCAAGUUUCACUUUAACUGCCUCCAUCGGUGUGAAAUUGAAAUGAUAACUGAAAUGAACACAAUCUGGAUUCGAUGCAUAGUGACUGAAACCACAAUGAGAGGGAAAUUUAAUUACAUGUCAGCUCAUAUUGUUGGAUUUUCAGCUCAUAGCAAACAUGCAUUUUGGAAAAAAUGAUCCGGUCCUCUGGCCACCUGCUGAUCAGAACACACUGUUCAGCUGCACGUCGACGAGCGCUGAUGUGGUGUUUUGCAGGUGGAAACAUGUCUAGACUUCGGACUAAAUGUGGUUGAAAACUGAAAGUCUUUUUAGUUUUGUAGGUUAUAUAUAACCGAUGUUUCAACAUUAUUUCAGCAACUGUAUUUGGUCGCCUCUCUUGUUCUUGAUUAAACCCCUAAAAACUUUGACAUUUAGUCGCUUUUUUCAUUAAGUAAUCCUUUCCAGCCUUAAAAUAUCUCCCAUGUCACUCUACACAGUUGCUUCCUCUACAAUUUGCAGAGUAAUGAAGUCCUUGUUUCUUUCUCAAUGCAAAGCUUCCCACUUCUUCAGCUCAAGCACACCAGCUCACCUAAAUCUGUUCGCUUUUUGUAAAACUACUCCACGCUGCACAAUGGUGAGCUGCAAUAUUGGAGAAAUUCAGACAUGCAUUUUCAAAUCAGGACCUGAUUCUGAAGAAGAAUUAUGAAAUGUCCACGCUGCAUGUUGACAGGUUUGGUUCCUUAAGGCGCUUUUCGUCUCGCACCUACUCGACUCGCCUCUACGCGACUCGGUCUCGGUCGUUUUCCAUUACACUGAGUACCUCCUCAUCAUUGGUGGAGUUGUCAUAGCACGGCGGCCCAGAAGUCCCGUAACGUCAUUAUUGUGCGACACAAACGCAGCACAACAAUGGAGGACAUGGAAGCGAUGGUACACCUGCUGCUCGGUCUGUGGCUUUCUAGUUCCAUGAAAAGCAAUGCGCACCGUCGCUGUUGCCAGUUUUUUAAAAAAUGACGGGUUUGGUUUUGGUGAAGGAGUCGCUCUCAUGUGUCAUCACUCCCUGUCCAGUCAGUGGCCUGCACUCUGCAGACGUCACAUUAUCGGCUCCACUAAGCUCGCUGGGAACCCCGGCCCAGUAGGAACUAAAAAAGUAGCUGGUACCAGGUACUAGUCCUGAUGGAAAACCUCACAAACCCAGUAGAGUCGAGGAGGUGCUGGUGGAAAAGCGCCACUAGAUUUGUUAGAUAAGAAACCUUGUAAGUCUAAAUCUGCGUGUUUGAAUCUGUAAUUAGUGCACUGCAGUUUCAGGGUGGAAAUGCUCAGCCAUGGUGUCAACUGCUUAUUUCCCCUCAUGAUAUGUCUCCUAGCAUGUAAAAAACAUCAUUUGGACAUGAUGACAACAAAGUAAAAAAAAACCUUGAUUUUAAAGAAUAUAAAGCAGUGGCAGAAUCUGCUCAAAUAGUGGCAUUAUACACACCGAAAGUCUAAGCAGCAGGUAAGCAACAUGCAGCUUGUGGUUGAAAUUACAAACAACGUAAGCAUACCUUAUCAAUGAAAUUACAAAAGCACACAGUAACCUUAACAGGGAUAUGAGUAACAUACAAAACUGGUAGAUUACCUUGUUACAAAUAUGAGAUACUGUUGAGAUGCAUUUCCAUUUCCCUCCGCUUUAUAAUAGUUUAGUUAGUUUGCAGGUUAAGAUUUUGCAUCCAAAACAUGUUUCAUCCUGUAAAAUUUGAUGCACUGUUAUACAUUAAACCACCAAACAGAAUAGGUGCUGGACAGUUCUGGCUUUAGAAAUCGUUUUGUUUGUCAAGGUUUGGAAAUAUCUGUCCCUUUGCUUCCCUUCACCUCUUCAGGAGAGGAGAGAGGAUCAUUUUCUUUGCUAGGAGUAGUUCUAAUGAAACUGUACAAAUAAAACUAAAUGCAUGUCAAGAUACCACUGAAACAUUAAAACAAAAUAAACAGAGAAGCGAUGCAGUGCAUUUAAAUGUAAAUUAUUCAGCACCGUUUGACCUUCUUAUGGUCUCAUUCCUUACAGACCUUCCACUGACACUGACUGAAUCCAGGAUUUAUUCUGUAUCUUGUACUCGAACACAACCAUAUUCUGUAUACAUGUUUUUGUUUUUUUUUGAAGAAGCUCACUGUGGUGUCAGAGCAGAAGGCCUCUGUGAAUUUGUAUUCUCAUCCACACACAGAUGCAGUCACAUCAACGACUUGUUUGAAAGAUACUUCCGCCAUCUAGUGUUUAAUUCCAGUUAAAACAGCCUGAAUUCCCCUCAUGGUAGUGCAGAGUGGAGCAGAGUAAGAAGUCAAGGCUCAACUUACUUGAAUGUGCAUCAAAAAGGAAAAAAAAAACAAGUUUAGCAACUCUUUGAGUAUGAAGAUUAAUGUGCUCUUUAUGAGGCUCUUUUUGGGUUUGCUAAGGACAGUUUAAUAUUCUGAUAUUAUGAAUCACAAGCAUUUGGUGUAGAAGGAAAAGGAUUCUGCUAAAGCAGAGGUGACCAACAUGCGGCCCAUGGGCCAAAAGCGGUCCUCCAGAGGGUCCAAUCCGGCCCUCAAAGUGGAAAAAUUACAGAGAAGACAUUAACUACAAACUAUAAAUAUGCAAAACUAUAAAUGUAAAAUAAUUUCUAAACCAUGACAAGUUGUUUUGAUCAUAAAAUAAAAUACUAGAUUGCUCAUUUUGUCACUGACUGUUGCAUUUUUGUAAUAUUUUGGCUUGUUUUUGUUGUUUUUUUGUCAUUUUUUUGUCUGACUUUUGUCAUUUUGUGUCUCAUUUUUGUAAUAUUUUGUCUUUUUGUUUUUUUUGUCUGUCAUUUGUCUCAUGUUUUUAUUGUUUUGCAUUUUGUUUUAGUCAUUUUUGUCUCAUUUUUGUAAUAUUUUGUUUUGUUUUUGUUCUUUUUUGUUCUUUUUUGUGUGACUUUUGCUGUUUGUGUCAUAUUUUUGUCAUUUUGUGUCUCACUUUUUACAUUUUGUGUCUCAUUUUUGUAAUAUUUUGUCUUUUUUUGUCUACCUUUUGUUGUUUUGAUCAUGAAGUAAAUUACUAUAUUAUUCAAUUCCAGAUACCUGUGACUAAAUAUUUUGUACCUUUUUGUAAAUAAACUGGGAUCUGGAAGUUGUAAUGUUUAAAUUAGAAUCUGAGGCAGAAUGUUGUUGAAAUUAAAUUUAUUUUUCUUAAGAAAUUUCAGUUUGUUCAUAAUGUUUUGUAAAAAGAUAAUUCCUUUAGUGACGAUUUUCAGAAUAUACUUUUUGCACCAAAAUAAAGGAAAAAAAUUAGGAGUUGUUAUUUAUAGGUCGUUAUGCUGUGAUUUUACUGGUCCGGCCCACUGGAGAUCAAAUUGGGCUGAAUGUGGAACCUGAACUAAAAUGAGUUUGACUCCCCUGUACUAAAGUCUCUUCUGUAUUUCAUUCUCCAGGAAAACUUGGAGCACUCAUUAAUUAUUCAUCUCUGAAAACACUCAUGAAAAACUCCAAAUAGACCAGUUAUUCCAUUAGAUAAGAUAAGAUAAGAUAAGAUAAGAUAAGAUAAGAUAAGAUAAGAUAAGAUAAGAUAAGAUAAGAUAAGAUAAGAUAAGAUAAGAUAAGAUAAGAUAAGAUAAGAUAAGAUAAGAUAAACUUUAUUGAUCCCACAGUGGGGAAAAUUCACUGUUAUAGCAGCUCCAAGGAGAAAAAAAAACAGCCAGACAGGAGCCCAUUUGAAAACAUAACAAAUCAAACCCCAUCACUUUUAACAUGGAUUACCUUUUCCUGCUCUACCCAGUGAUGACUUGAUUGUCUUUUAUUUAUUUAAUAAUGAUUUAUUUGUAUUACAGCUGUACCUAUUUGAAGUGUUUCUAGAUUUUACUGCAAGAUGUAUUUUACAUCUAAAACAGGCACAAUAUAGCAGUAUGUCUGUUUUUAUGCCUUUUAGUUGUAUUAGUUACAAAGGUAUAGUACUAUUUAAUGGUUGAAGGAUGAACAUUUCAUUUUUUAUUGAGUAACAGUCUUUUAAAAAGAAGCCAAUCAAAGGCCCACAAGUCCUCAAAAUGAUUUUGAAUUUGUGCAUGACGCUGAAAUUUACAUUACUGAAACUCCGAUUUCCGACGCUACUGAACGCAACUCCGUUGUCCGACUGCAACUGAAUGCACCAAUGACGUUAGUUUGAUCUUUUGAUUGUAUUUCGUUUGGAUUUGAAGAAGCUUUGAAGACGUUUCCUGAUGCCGGAGGAGAAGACGAGCAGCUUUGGACAUUUGCGAGUGAAAGUAGCAGUUCCUCCUGAAGGUCAGAGAUUGCAGCAUCUGAGGGCCUCUUCAAAAGAAGACGUAGUUGAUGAAGGCGUUCUGGAGCAGGACCAGAAAGACCACGACCAAGCAGCCUUGAGAUCUUAGACAGCGUCUCCCUGAGGUCCCUCUCUAUCUCCCCACACAUCCACCAACCAGUGGAACACAUCUCCAAAGUUCUGCCGGGCCAGCUCAGCUUCCCCUCAGAAGAAGUGGCGCCACCUGCCAGAUGAAGGAGCCUUUUGAGAGGCAGCUGGCAUCGUGAUUGGACUGUACUUUGGUCUGUUCCAAUCCAGCUUCAGUUCCAGAGACGGCAGGCGGGACGAGUCAACGGAGGCCUGGUGGACGAAGGCAUGCAGCUGAGUACAAUCCAGAAAGAGACAUACAUUGUAGAAUUGUAGUAAUUGUGGGCUGACUGAUUUACUGAUUAUCAGUAUUUUAUUUUUUACCGAUUUACGAUAAUAAAUAAAUUUAAAAAUGGCACUA